AUAAAACAGGCAAUGGAUGAGGCCAUGGUGCAAACUCCCCAUGCGCCAGAUAAAGGACAAGAAACGUCACCCUUAUACCAAAGCAGUGACAGCAGCACUGUUCCUGAUGUACGGGAUAGCACCAUUGCUUCAAUUGAGUUGAUAACGCCUUUGAAGAAGCGAAAAGCACGGUAUCUGUCAGACGUGAGUGUGACUGAUUUGCCCGGACCUUGUAGUCCACUAUCAGCGCCUGCAUCUGUCACAGAUACAGUUAUGUCCAGCCCGACAGUAAUGACGCCUUGCACCUUGUUUCCAGGAGAAGAGGAGAAGAAAAAUGGAUCUAAUGUAAUUUACUCUCCCCUUCACUCCCAUGCUGCUAGCCGAUGUAAUACCCCACUACAGUUUGAGAACAUUUCCUCUCCUGAGAGUUCCCCAGUGCAUAGGCCUGAGCCGUUUUCACCAGAGCCGCCUCUGAGAGCGGAUAAUGACCAGUCCAGGACUGGCUUCUCAGAUCUCUCCCUUCAUCCCGACCCGGACACCACACUCCGGGUUACAGCGGUCACCGAUGGGCCGUUGACAGACUGUGCUGCUCAUCCUCCUCCUUCUGGAUUAACAUUUCCCAGUGAAACUGAAACUGGGUCAACAGGAAGGAAUAGUGAUGGUCCCUCAGCCCUGAAAAACUCAGAACAAGCAUUCAGGACAGAGUUUAAUUUAAUAUAUGCCUGUUCACCUUUGAACUCCAAUCUCCGAGACCUCACUCCAACACACAGGCUAGAGGGACCAUACAGAGGACUGGAGAACAGAGCCAAUUACAUCAAUGACAGGAAGUCUUCACAGUCUGAGCGAGGGUUUGGAGAAACUGUGUAUAUGAGUCCAUCCGGGGAUUCUUGCUUUAACAGGCAAAACCAAGGACUUUUAUCUGAGACAUUGCAAGGAGCCAUGUCCCCUCAAGCAGACCGGCAGCCUCUGUAUUUUGAGGGAAACACACAGAUGCAGCAAAAUCCACCACAGAAGAAGAAGGUGUCGUUGCUGGAGUAUCGAAAACGACAGCAGGAGGCAAGAGAAAGUAAAUCAGACAGCCUAAGCUCAGACCCUUCCAAGAUGUCCAGCACUGUGGGCACACCAACAAGACGAAGUAGUGACGGCUCUUGUGCACAAACAGCAGCCAAUGGUGACUCCAAUGCUAUGUCUCGGUCAUCACAUAGAUCAUCAUCACCCCCAAGUGGUUUUUCAUCACCUGUGCACCCCUCAAUGCCUCAGAUUGAAGAGAUCAGUCCAACAGAUUCUGGUAGUAGCAAGAAUGCUGCAGCUAGCAACAAAAACCGUGACAGCAUGAGCACGAGGUGGAUGGUUCCUACCUCAGUAGAGCGAUUGCGAGAGAACCCAGGCAUGUUGGAACGUGUUCUGAGGCGAGCGGAAAUGGGAAGUAUGAAACGAUCUGGAGAUGAUAGAAGUACGCUGGACCGUGUUCUACGGAGGAUAGAAACUAGUACAGCGGACUGUUGCAGGGAGAAGGAUACAGAUUCCACAAAUGGAGAUGAACAGGAGACACAUGGCCUAGCACGCACCAAGAUUUCUCCAAUUCAUAGUCCCCAGAGAUAUGGUCACAGUCCUUCCAGAUAUAAUCAUCAGCUUCUACAGGCGCAGUCUGAAGGACACCCUUCUGAACACCACGUACUUCCACAACAAAAUGUAUCCCCCUACAGAACGCAUGGCUCCUCGAGUGUUUCCAUGGCUCAUACACAAGGACUCAUCUAUAGAUCUUCAUCCCACACACCAGGGCAGAGUGGAUCCCAGAAUCAACUAGAUUCCAAUCUCACGACAGCUCCUCUCUCCGCUCUCUACUCAAGUCCUGUCCAUUCAGCAUCUGUUGAUACCUCUGUAGUCCAGUAUGUAGGGAAUUCUGGGUUCUACAGUGGUCAACAGCAUUCUGGGAGUGUUUUGCAUCCAUUGAAUAGCACUCAACAAAAGACUAAUUCUGGAAGUACAUCUUCUACAGCUGCUACCCCACUACAAAGCACCACAAAAACUAUAACAACUGACUCCACUCUUACCCCAACCCUGAGCGCCAUAAACUCCACUGUUUCACAGACUGCGAGGUCAUCACAAUCUGGUUCAUGGACCUUAGGCUCAGCAAAUUCGGGGCAAGCACUUCACUCUGGAGCGAAGAUUACCACAGCGUCAAGUUCUCAGCACUACCGAAAUACUGGAAUAACCCAGUACCAACCUCCACCGGUCCAAGGUGCAAAUGUAAGAACACAAUCAAGCACCUACUAGACUAUUGCAGCCACGAUCAUGUUGGAGAUGUUUACCUGGAUGCAUAACUCAUCUGUGUGUAUCUUUAUAGGCCACCAGCAUAUGUACCUUUUGUGGCAUAAACAACUUUAAAGUAUGGACCUCAUGUUCUGGAGAUUGUUGGGCCUAAACCAGCAUUUACUAGAACCCCCUUCAUAUUGUACAAAAAUAAAAGUAAGAGUUAAGAAUUGUGUACCUAUUGGUAAGGUACAUUUUAAGCUUAUAAUUCAGAUAAAUAUUGUUUAGGCUUUUUUCCUCCGGUUUAUUUUAAAUAAACUAGUCAUGUGCAGUAAAACUUUUUUUAAUUAAAAAAAGAAAGCAUUUGUAGCGUCUGAAAUUAAGGCACAAGGGAAGGGGUGAUAGGGUGGGGAGAGUUUCUGUAGACAACCAUUCCAUGUGCCAGCUUCUCACAUGCAUACUGUAAUAUCCUGGAGUAGAAGAUUUUAUUUAUCUAAUUUUAUAUAUAACCAUUCUAGGCUAGCUAUUACCUUACCCAGACAGCGGAAUUUAAUCCAUGGUGCUGCAGAAUUUUUAUUUUACACCUGAUGCUGUGAGUCCCCUGGUGUUGAGGCGCGGGAGUGGAAAAAUUGUUGAAUUUCCGUGACUGUUACAAUCACAAGUCUUUUUUUUAUUUGAAAUCUUAAAUUCAGGUGUUUGUUCAACUGAAGAGUGGGAGUGGUCUCAAUUUUGAAAGAUGUAACAUGUGACAAAUACAAGUUUAAACAAGUGAUGCAGUCUUGCUGCAUAUUGUAUAAUGAGAGUUUAAUACUGUUCUUUUAUUCAGAACACUCUGUAUAUACCACAACUACUUGUUAUCCUCAGAGGAUUUAGUUGCCUGUCUUUACAUUAUGUACAUUGAUUUUUUUUGUGUAUAAUUUCUCUGCACCUUUUAUUCUCUUUAUUUUCUUUUUGUUCGACAACAGCUUUCAAUCUCUCAUUGGGCGUCUCCGUGUGCAGUCUUUUUUUUCGAUGUGCGAUGUGCAUGAGGCGAGUUUGUUCCUGAAUGUAGCUGUUGACUGAGUUGCACAUCAUUUACAAUCAAGGAGAAAUUUUAAAAAGUGAAAAAUAAAACGGGAGCCUUGCUUUCUAAACAUGUACAGUCAACCCCUCCUGUGGAGUGUACAAAAAUAAAACAGUUCAUUUCUGCACAA